AGUCACAUAUGGGCCAACGCAUCUAUAUCGCACAUGUCGUAGAUAAGAAGAGCUUAUGACAAAAGUUGGUCCGAGCUUACCACAUGUUUCGUAGCCAAGGGCGAGAGCUUAGAGGCGUAACCCAACCAUUCCACAACACCUCACCCCUGUAAUUGGCUUUGGGUGCUAACGACAAACGACGACAUGGAGGACACCGUGACCAACGUUGAUCGGGUCAUUACAGCUAUACGAAAUGCCAAUUUACAGCAUCCAGACGAAGAAUUACUCGAAUGUUUUGUCCACGACUCAAUUGAUCCGGGACGAACCGCUCGCUAUGUGCUACAGAGCCGCUCUAUCGGAAGAGAUGCACUUGACUUAACGCUUUUGCUAUCUGACUGGAAAGAACUGAUUGGUACAUUCACCCACGAACUGCCUUUUCACCAAAAGCUUGACAGAGUCUUUAUCGCCGAUAUAUGGAGAAGAGACGGCGGCAAAUGUUGCAUUACUGGCUUAAAGAACUCAUUCAGUGAUCCGCUGGUGGUCGCUCCUAUACUUCCGAUCAUAAACCCAAUAAGAAAGUCAUUACAUGAAAUGCUUGAAGCUUUCCUCGGCUCCGAAGGGCAACAGUGGAUCCCGAUGAAUGAAGCUGCGUCCCUGGAUGCUCACCGGAAGUAUUGGCUUGUCCGCAAAUCUGCAGCAACAGCACUAUCGCAAGGUUACUAUCGGUUCACAUUCCUUAAAGGCUCUGAGUACCAUGUUACUACAGCCUGCAUUGGAGGUCCAGCAUGGCCUCCCAUCCUCGAAAAGACGCCAGUGCUUCAGCCUCGCCAGUUUGCAACCUGCUCAGCUUCCGGCAUGGGCACACCGGAUGUCUAUUCGUUGCAAAUCUUGUCACGGUUUGCGAAACCUGUGCGAUGGAGUUGCAUUGAUCGGAAAAUCGCGAGGAAAAGAUCACAACCACACAGUCAGUUGCCGGUUUUCUCACUAUGGCGUCUCUUUCCAGAGCGUAUCACCAUGACUUCGACAAUAGGCUGGCACAUGGUACCAGCCUCUCUUCGCAUACAAGUCUAUCACUGCUUGGCAUUUAUGGGAGCACGGGUGUACGGGCAAUCCUGCAGCUUGAAGGUCCAACAACUGCCAUUUGGCAUGUACCUUAAAACUUCAGACGUGAAAUGGCAUGAGAGCUUGGCCAACGAGUAUGAAACGUUGCGCCUCGUGAGACGCUAUACUCGUAUACCGGUUCCACGCCCAUUGGAUCUCGUCUCCUACAUGGGUGAGUCUUACCUCCUGACUUCCCAAGUUCCGGGCCUACGUCUAGGAUGGUGCAUCGAUACACUGAGCGAUGACGAGGUAGGCAUGCUAGUCCACGACUUGCAGGGAUACAUUGGGGAGCUACGAGCGAUACCAAAGGAAGUUGCUCCCGACUAUGCCAUUACCAAUGCGCUCGGUAAGCCAUGUUUCGAUUAUCGACUCAACGCAGCUUUGGAUUAUGAUGAAGAUCGGGGAGAUUUCGUUGGGCCAUUCGCGGAUGAGGAGCAAUUCAACGAGACUUUACAGUGUGGCGCAUUGCCAGGUGUAACUCAUCGCAGCGGACAUGAAAUCGUUUUUACACAUGGGGAUUUGAACAUGAGAAACAUCCUAGUGCGUAACGGCAGGCUUUCAGGUAUCGUUGAUUGGGAGACUUCGGGAUGGUACCCGGGAUUCUGGGACUACACUAAGGCCCAUUAUAUCACGAAGCUUCACCGGCGAUGGUUAAGGAUCGUUGAUAAAAUCUUUCAACAGUAUGGGGGAUAUGAGGAUGAGCUAGCAACCGAGCGCCAACUUUGGGAUUACUGUUUCUGAGACAGGAACGGUGUCCACACUCUCCCACUUGGGCGUCUUUCCCUUGCGAACCCGACAAGUGAACAGGGAGGAGGAAUAAAGCAUAGAAGAUGAUCGGAUAUUUAGCGAUGAUUCCCUAUUUUGAUUGGUGGCGUGGGGCAUCUCCAGUCUAUCAAGCGCCCGGAUUGACUCUCAGUUGCGCUUAUUUAUCUAAUCUAGGCCGUUCAGAUAAUCGACCGCUCCAAAUUUCGCCGGAUAGUUAAUUAUCGCCUCCGCCCCUAAUUAGAAGGAAAAAGGCCAACAACGCCUGCUGCAAGGCCAA